AUGCAAGAAUCCAGUAUAUUACCAAUUACAGAUACAACUGUAGAACAUGAAACAGUUAUAGAAAUGAAUCAAGUGAUAUCUAUUCGUGGGCCAGAUAUAUAUCAGCCUAAAAUAUUACACAAAAACAAGAGUAUAUAUAUAGCUUUGGCAUUGCUAAAA